AUUUAAAACAGUGCGACCAAACAGCAUAAGGCAACCGAUGAGCAAUGCAAUAGGAUCAGGAUUACAGAAUUAGAGUUCCGUGCAAACAACAAACUAUCUAAGGUUUCUGCUAAGCCUUGUCCCGUGGAUCCUUCGACCCAGCCACUGGGGGACGCCUCCCCAGGGGGCAGAAUGGAGUUGGAAGAGGCAUACAACGGAAACCCGGCUCCGGGUGCCCAAACUGGGAUAACGAUCAUUGGCGCUGAAGACGAGGACUUUGAGAAUGACAUCGAGCUGAACCCAGAUGCGCAAAGCAGCUUGUUCCAGAACCUAGAGAUACUGAAGAAGCAUCCCGCCUAUUUGAUGGUCUUUCUGCAACAUGUGGUACUCCAGUUCGACUCCAGCCCUGCGCUCUGUUACCUGCACGUGGACCUUAUCCGCCACCUUACACCCAAGGAAGGGAAGAAGCAAUUUGUGGAAUUUUGCCACACUUUCUUGGAUAAAGCAGGGUUGCUGCGUGUCCCUAUCCCAACCCCCGUGCAGUUUGAGCUGGACCGAACCCGGCCAGACCUCCUUGCGGAUGACGUGCAGAGGAAAUUCCUUCUGGACAUCCAGGCAUUCCAAGAACCAGAGAUCGCCCGGCAGCUGGAGGACUUCAGGGAAAAACGGAAGAUGGGGAUGACGCCUGGGGAGGCAGAGCUUUCCGAGUUGGAAAGUUAUCGGACGAAAGACAAAGGGAUUCUCGAGGCCAAGGAGAAGCAGCUGGCGGAACUCCUGUUGGGCAAGCUAGAAGAGAUGCACCUCACCAUUUCUGCCGACGAGGAAAAAAGCUCUUCCAUUUUCGCUGCCAUUGUGACAUAUAUGAAGUACCUGGGGGUUAAGACCAAAGGGGCCGACAGCAAGAAAUCCAAGUACUUCUUCCGCAAGAAGAUUUCGGGGACCAAGAAACCCGAAGAGACCCCUAAACCAAAGAAGGGAUUCAGCAUUUUGGACCCUGCACGGUGGAACCGGGGUGAUUCCCACUAUUCUGAUUACAGACAAUCCAAACCUGAGGGUGAAGCAGGUGAUAAGGUGCCAGCGAUUGACAGAAAAGGGAUAAAGGUAGCCGAGGGAAGCUCAGGACGGAGCAAAGCAGGCUCAUUAGUGUCAGACCCUCCUGGUGUGUCUGUCACUGUCCACCCCCCAGCCGGAGAGGGCACCGAUGGCGAACAGGGAUCGGACAAUCAGGUCCAAGUAGAUUUGGGAGACUCCCCUGUAACCGAGCAGCCGGUUGCUGGGGAACAGCCCCCGGCGGAUGAGGGAGCAGAAAAUGAAAGGCUGACAGGGAAGUUGGGCCGCUCGGAGAGCCUGCGGGUUUACGAGCGGAAGCGGUCCCAGCGUGGCUCGGCCAAGGGCAAGCAGCCGCGCUCCCGGAGUGAUGUGGACAUCGAGGCCGCUGCUCGUGCCAACGAGCUGGAAGAGAAGCCGUCCCUAGAUCAGGCUCGGCAGAAGCAGGGGAGCCGCAAUUUGGAACCAGGAGGGGCAGGGGGAGGGGAGCCCCCGCCGUCCUUUCUGCUUCCCCAGUCUGAGGAGAAUGAGCCGCGUGUUUCGGAGCUGGAGCUCGAACCGCCGAACUGGCGGGAGCUCAUCCCCCCCGACACCCUCCUCAGGCUGAAGAAAAGUGAAGUGAAGCGGCAGGAGGUUAUCAACGAGUUGUUCAUCACAGAGCACGCCCACCUGCGGAUGCUACGGGUGCUGUUGGAAGUCUUCUACCAACCCUUGCUGACCGAAGGGUUCUUUGGGGCCACGGACCUGGAGAACAUCUUCCCCAGCUUAGAAGACUUAGUUGAUGAACACAAACUGUUCCUAGAAAGACUCAAGAAACUCCGGGAGGAAAACAACUCUCUUGUUUCUGAGAUUGGGGAUACACUGCUGGCGCGGUUUGACGGCUCCGAAGGUAGCUGGUUCCAGAAGAUCUCUGCCCGCUUCUGCAGCCGCCAGUCUUUUGCCCUUGAGCAGCUGAAAGCCAAACAGAAGAAGGAGCCCCGUUUCAACCAGUUCAUCCAGGAGGCAGAAAGCCAGCCUCGCUGCAGGCGGCUGCAGCUGAAGGACAUCAUCCCGAUCGAGAUGCAGAGGCUGACCAAGUAUCCGCUGCUGCUUCUCAACAUCGCCAAAUGCACUGAGGAGGACGAGGAGCGUGCAAAGGUGCAGAGGGCAGCCGACUGCUGUCGACAAAUCCUGAACCACGUCAACCAUGCCGUGCGUGACAUGGAGAAUUUGCUGAAACUCAAAGAUUACCAGCGUCGCUUGGAUCUCUCCAAUUUGAAGCAAAGCACCGAUCCUCUGCUUAGCGAAUUUCGGAACACAGACAUCACCAGCAGGAAGCUCGUUUAUGAGGGACCUCUGACUUGGCGAGUGACCAGGGACAAAUCAGUCGAUGUCCACGUUCUCUUGUUAGACGACAUCUUGGUCCUUCUUCAGAAACAAGAGGAGCGCCUGGUGCUGAAAUGUCACAGCCGCACCAUCACGCCGACCCCUGAUGGGAAGCAAAUGCUCAGCCCCAUCAUCAAACUCAAUUCGGCCAUGACCCGCGAAGUGGCCACAGAUCGCAAGGCCUUCUAUGUAAUCUUCAGCUGGGAGAACGGGGCGCAGAUCUACGAGCUGGUGGCACAGACAGUGUCUGAAAGAAAGAACUGGUGCAGUCUGAUCAGUGACACGGCCGGAUCUCUGAAACUGCCUUCUUCAACUCGCCGGAAGCCCCGCCAUUCAGUGCCAAGCAGAACUUCGCCACACUAUUACCCAGAGCCGCUGCUCGGUGGUACAGAGAACGGCAGCAAGGAGGUGCUGCAGCCUGAAGAACGGGAGAAGGACAGCACGCUGGAAGGGGCCGAAUUUGAGGAGCGUGGCCAAGUGGGUGAGCAGAGGUCUAGCAAGGUCAUGGAGGAGUUCUUGGCCGACAUCCUGCCCCUCUAUAAGCCACGGCCCGAAGGGCACGGAACUCUCGCAGCUGCUGCGCAGGAGAGAGUACUGGCACUGAAGAGGCUACUGCAGGUAUCGGAGGAAGUCGAGACUGGCUUCCCUGCGGACAGCGUGGAUCGUCCCCCGGAGAAUGGGAACUCCUGUGAUGGGGAAGAGGAAGAAGAGUGGGAAAUGGGAGACAGAUCUGAGAUGGAGAAUAGCGCGGAGCACCAGAGCGAGAGUCUGAGAACAGCAGAAGGGACCCCGAAUGGCCCACAGGAGCCAGAGUGGAAUUCAGAGCACUUGGACAGGGAAGGGCACAGCUCCCCCAUCGUUCUUUCACACCAGCAGUCGGACGGGGUGAAACACCACUUGCGACUUCUGGAAGAUGCAGUUCAGGGACUGAAGGAUAUUGAAGCAGAAUAUUGGCACCUCCAGCAGCUGAUGGGGAAACUCACGUCGCCUCAACAUCCCAGCUUCACAUGAGGCAGAGACCAAUGUGGAAGGCCCAUCGCAACCAAAGAGGAAGAGAUCUCUGCGCCAACUGCUUUCUCCUGCUGGAUGGUCCUUUUCCCAGCAUUGGCGACCGAGUGGGACCUUUGCUGCUUUUUGUAUAGAGGAUUUGUAGUGUAGGAAGAGAUUCUGGGGUUCUAUAUUUGUUGCGCGGACCAUGUUAUCAAGGUCCUCCUUUAGAGAUCAAGGAGGUACAUCAUCGUGGAAGUCCACGGCUGCCUUAAGGCCCGGGGUGCAGCUGUUUCAUCAGGAUAAAAAGGUGUUCUGGGGGUUGUAAACUUUUCCUUUAACAACACGAGUAGUGAGUUGGUGCCAAAGAGGGGUCGGUGCAAGUGACAACUUCCUGGUGGACCAGAGACGGGGGCAAAGUAGCUUCACUGGGGUGUUCUAUGGAUAGCUAGUCUGGGCUCGGACGUACAUCCACAGAACUUGGCUUCCUGCUCAGCAGUGGUGGCCAAACAGAUAACGCAGAGGAGCUCAUCAAGGAGGGUGUGCCAGCAGUAUCUCAGGUGAUCCCCACCAGGUGUGGCUGUUCUGCACCUAGGGGGGUGGGCAUCGUCCUUCACUGCAAUGGUUCGAUUCCCGUGCAUGGAUCUCUUAAAAAGCCGUUGGUUGUGAGUUCCAUGGGAAGGACCCCGCUCCGCUGGAAACUUUUGCUGCCCUCAGUUUGCUGUACCUCUUCUCCUGUCUCCCCAUUUCUUCCUUCAAAUCAUCCUUCCUCCUUUCGUGUUCUUUCCUGCCAUCUUUAUUCUGGGAAUGGCGGCACUGUCCCCUACCCACUUUCCCUCUCUCCCUCCCAACCUGCAAACUGGAGCUCGCCCUUACUGCAGCUUUUAAGGCAGAACCUAUUGCACAGGCGUGCCGGCUCCAAUCCGGCUGCCAGAAGGGAAAUAUUUUGUUUUGGGCCUCCUAACUUUUGCCAGCCCUCUUCUGCCAAGCCCUGGCCUUCAGCCACACGGCCACAAACCUAGCUGGAUUGUUCCAGGAGUGCUACAUCCGUCUUCUAGAGAGGUGAGAGGAAAUAAAGAGGCUAAGAGAGAGAGAGAUUGUCUGAAGAAGAGAGGAGGGUGACAGAUCUCAACAGAUCUCGAAAUGAGUUCUAUCAGGAUAAAGAUGGUUCUGAGUCUGGAAAAGAUGAAAGCUCUUGCCCUAGCGCAGUAGUUUAAACUGUGUUCUGGGGAACCUUGUCCUCUGGGGAACCUUGUCCUCUGCCACCCCUAGGGAUUCCACAACAGAAGCUCUGGUGUUGCUUUGUAUAGAAAGUUUACAAACUCUUGCCCUUUUCAGGGAAGUUCCACCCAGCCUCCCUUGCCUCACCCCUCCAUUCCCUGUGUCUCCCUUGGCAUAUCCAGGGCUGUUUGGAGUUGGAUACUUAUUGCAGCAGCGUACUGGGUAAACUUAAGAACGAGUCCACUCUAACUGAGGUUCUACCUGGCUUUCACGGCAUAGUUCUAACCAGGGCUCUUCUUCCCCUCGUCCCGGUAGAUCUAGGUGCUGUUUCUAUCUGUGAAGUUUGCCAUGAACUGCCACAGAUGUAGCAUCUGAGUUAGGAGAAACCCACCACGUUUCUCUGGGGAACAGUGAGCAUUUACUUGGGCUGCAAAUGCUAUCCACGCUUGAGCCGAAAAGCCUCUUAACAUUUCCCCAUGCCUUAUUGUUGCUGGCUGCUCCACAAAAUGGACAGCAGGUGGCGCUGUGGUGUAACUCAGUGGAGCCGCUCUGGGGCACAGGUCUGAUUGGCCAGUGUAGUAUUUCGGAGGAUGGAGGUGAAGGAAUUGCUGGUGCCUCCUGCCUCUGGGCCUCUUGGGAUUGCAUAUGGCAGUGAGCUUCCUUUGGGGCCGUGGGGUGGGCACUAAGCACCCGGCCUCUGGGUUUCCUUAUCUGCUUCUGACUCCUCUGCUUACUGUACCUGCCAGCAUUAUGCCCUUCUGUUCACACAAGUGCACUGACACACACACGGUUUGGCCAUUUUGUCUCACCUGUGGGAUUGGGUAUGCAACAUAGCGUGUCCUCUUGAAAUAUUCCUAUUACUUGAGGGUAGGCAAAAGAUGGAUUUGGCAGAGGGUCAGUGGGGUGGGUGGGGCUUGGGGCCUGGCCUAGCAAGUGUGGGGAAAGGAUGUGUCUCAGAGGGGGAGCAGUGAGCAGGCAAAACCAGAACACGCCCCCCCCCCCAUGCCAUGCAGUGAAUAAAUUACUGGCGCACAUGUUCCUCCUCUUCCACAGUGCCUUUAUAUGUGUUAAUAAUGUAUUUGUAUUUUUAAGAAAAUUCAUAUUUUGCUGGGUUAUUAUAUAUAUAUAUAUAUAAAUAUAUAAAAGUGAAUAUAAGGGAGUAGAUUAGACUCCCUUAGCUGGGCCUUCCAACAAGAAACCCGAGGCUUUUUUUAAAAAAAAGAGUGAUAUGUAGGUAUUUUGUUUUGUCUGCUGCUGUACAAAGAAAGCAUAACCAAGCAUAAAGAGUAAAAGAGUAAGAUUUUUGUCCUUGGCUUUCCAGUAUUAUGGAGGGUGUAAUAGCCCCCACCAAAUCCGUUAUAGUCAGACAGGUGAAAAUCACACUGUUUUUAAAAAUCUGGACUCCCAAGCUGAAAAAAUGCUGCCGCUCUUCCCUGUGACCCUUGUUUCUGAUGCUGUUCUUCGCUUUAAGAACCAUUCUCAAGAUCACAGAUUGAGGUUGAAUUCCCCGUGCCACACAUUCUAUUGUUCCAAACAUUCAGAAAUGCCCACUGUGUUUGUCUCCUUUUCUCCUUAACUCUUACUGUCUCUCACGGAAUUACACCAAAAUCAAGGUUGAGUUGAGAGUGAAUCAAAUAUAGUUUCCAUUUUCCAAAUCUGUAGGAAGGGCCCUGUGCGUAAUGUGACAUCCUCAGAAUCUCGCAUUUCAGGCAGGGUUUGGAGGAGUGCAGUUUAAAGUAAUUUUCCAGCUGUUACGAAUGUAAAGAAAGAUGGAUGCUGAAACCUCAGAAGUCUGAGCAGGACUUCUGCCGAAAAAUCCAGAGCUUUACACAGACUCAUUGUUUGCUUUUUAAAAUCUUUUCCAGUCACCCCCACCCCCCAACUCCAAACUGUUUAAAAAUCCUGCAAUUCUGGGAAUGGAAUAAUAUGCAAAAUGAGCAAGUUCAUUUGCUAAAAUUCAGUGGGUUAUUCUUGCUGAUUUUGCUUAGUACCCACUAUAUUACCUCUGACUAAAGUGUGCGUUUUUCUAGCCAGAGGUAGAUGAUUUCUUCAGAAAAAUUGCAAUCGCCGCCACCAAGAGUGGUGAAAAAUGUAAUGCACAAUAUGGGGUUUUUUUUGUUUGGAUAGACAAACAGAGUUGGGCCACUCAGUCCACAUCUGAAUGCAUUCUCACAUCACUUUGCUCAUCUGUGCUAUUUUACCUAUCUUAUUUGGCCACUGGAGUGUUCUCACAGUCACUAACUUGAUUGAAAUGUUUUCUUUGUUUUUUGAACUCACUCUGAAAAGCAUAACACCUUUUGGAGCUUGGCCCGUCUUUAAUCUGCCUCCCCUCUAACCUUUCCCCAUAUCAUCUGAAUUAGAAGAAACUACCAGUGGGUAGCUAAUCUGUAAUCUUGAGAAUGGUUUCCUGGGCCAGAAUUCAUUGUGCGUUCACAGGGCUCAGUACAAAAAUGACUCUUCCCCCCUCCCCUUUUUUUUGGAUUUACUCUGCAAUAAUGUCUUCCUUCAGACUUGUAAUAUUUUUUUCUUUAUAUAUUUGAAAGUAUCAGAGGGGGAAAAAAUUGCAGAACGGAAAGAAAGUGUUACCCUCCACUUAGAAAGUUUUUUGCAGUGGAAACAGUAGAGAGAAAAUAAAGCUCUUUUUCCCAGAGAUGGGAAUAGAGUAGAAUUUGGGUCUGAAUAAGGAAGGAAUGGAAGGCGAGAUGGGUUGCGGAGAGGGAAGACCAGCAUUCCUUUCUAAGGUGGGUAUAAAGGAAGGGUUUGUACCCAUUUCAUCUUCCUUCCUUCUUUCCUCUUGUCUAAGGAGAAAUCAAGGCUUUGUGUAUGUUGUUGGAGGGACUAAAGGUACGUGUAGUAGGAGAAAGAAAGAGACUGAACCAAAGAUAUUCUUGUAAAGAUGCCAAAUUAAAAUAUAUAUUCAUCACA